UCACAGCCUCUAAAGGGAGAGUAGGCCUCCAUGGCACUAAUUUCUGCAAGAAAAAAACAACAAAUAAAGCGAUUUAUGGAGGAAGGUUGGAGAGUAGCCAAAGAAGAGAGAAGAGAGAGAUAGAUAUUGGAUUUUUAUUAGAGAUUUUAGAUUUUAGACUGAGAAAGAAAAUUGAUGAUAAAAAUACAAACAAGAGGAGAAGAGAGAAACCUGUCUCGUGAAGCAGCAGGUGAAAGAGAGAAAGGGAAGAAAAAACAAUAAUAAAAAAGUUCUCUCCUUUCUUUCUUUCUUUCUCCUCUCUCUCUCUCUUCUCUCUCUUCUCUCUAAGGACUUCACAUUCAUUCUUUGCUUCCUUCUUUUAUAUCACGAGAUCCCCAUCUCGGCUUCUUUUUCCCCUCUCUCUCUGUGUAUCUAUUGAUGUCUUCAUCAAAGCCUCUUCAUUUUCUGCUGCUUCUGGGUUUUUGUGUGUCUGCUUGCCGCCAUUGUUGUUCUUCUUGGAGUAGCUUCACUCGCAUACAUUGCUGAGGGUGCGGACCCCAGAAAGGAGAAAAAAGUACCGAAAUUUACAGAGGGGGAGAGAUAGAAAAAAUUUACAAGCUUUGCUUUUGUUUUUGGAAAUGUCGCAUUCUGGGAAGCCCAUUUCGGAGCUAGGCCUCGACUCGCUCAACGAUCGCUUCCGUGACUCGCUGAGUUGCGAAGCCAACAAGCCUGAUUUUCGAGAACUCGAUCUGGGUUCACCCGUUUCCCCUCUUCGGACCCGUCAAAGCGGCGGUCUUGCCACUGCAACAAGUAGUAGCUCCAGCUCGUCCGGAUCGUUCUCAGGCCGAAAUGGGCCCAACCCAGCUGCCAAAAGGUCCGAUUCAGCCCCAAACAACCACUCCGGCGAGCUGUCAGGCUCUAGUGAGAGCAGUCCCACCGCCGCCGAGAGCGUCCGAUCCGCCGGAAACACCCGAAAUUUCAAACCGGGUCAUACAAGAUCCGAUUCCGGCUCCACCCAUCCCUUAAUAUACUCGGGUCAGAGCUCUGUGAACUCUCCGCCACUCAAUGUUUUGCCCACUGGAAACAUAUGCCCGUCUGGAAAAAUCUUAAAAACGGGUUUGGUCCCAAACCGGAGCUCCAGAAGCGAUGUUUUGGGUUCGGGUAUGGGCAAUUACGGUCACGGGAGCAUAAUGCGGGGCGGCCCGGCGGCGAAAGGUGGCGGCAUAGAGGCGGUGAGUACUGUGACUUCGAGGGUAACUGGCGGCGGAGACUUGUUGAAGAGAACAAUGGUGAGUGCGGAUCCAGAGGAGGUGAAGAGAGCUGGGAAUGAGCAGUACAGAAGAGGCCAUUUUGCGGAGGCUUUGAGCUUGUACGAUCGGGCAAUCGCAUUGUCUCCGGCCAAUCCAGCCUACCGGAGCAACCGGGCGGCGGCAUUGACCGGUCUCGGGCGGCUGGUGGAGGCCGUGAGGGAAUGUGAAGAGGCAGUAAGGUUGGAUCCCAAUUAUGGCAGAGCUCACCAGCGUUUGGGGUCUUUGUUUCUUAGGUUAGGACAAGUUGAAAAUGCCAGGGGGCACCUUUGUUUUCCAGGGUUGAAGCCAGAUCCGGCUGAGUUACAGAAAUUGCAGGCAGUAGAGAAGCAUCUCAAAGCUUCUGGAGCUGACUUUUCUCCUCAGCUCUGUAUGUGUAGAGCGGAAGCACUUUUGAAGCUCCACCAAAUUGAUGAUGCUGAAUUAGUCUUAUCAAACACACCCAAAUUAGAGACCAACCCCUCACAAUCUAAGUUCUUUGGGAUGCUUUCUGAAGCUUACAGUUACUUUGUCGUGGCCCAAAUUGAGAUGGCAUUUGGAAGGUUUGAGAAUGCAGUUACUGCUGCUGAGAAAGCUGGGCUGAUUGAUCCUCGGAACAUUGAAGCUGCAGUGCUGCUUAAUAAUGUGCGUAUGGUUGUGAGAGCCCGUGCCCGAGGCAAUGAUCUCUUCAAGUCCGAAAGGUUCACUGAAGCUUGCUCAGCAUACGGAGAUGGUCUGAGGCUUGAUCCUUCAAACUCUGUUCUAUUUUGCAACAGAGCAGCUUGUUGGUUUAAACUUGGGAUGUGGGAGCGAUCCGUUGAAGACUGCAACCAGGCCCUAUGUAUUAAACCCAAUUACACAAAAGCCCUACUUAGAAGGGCUGCCUCAAACAGCAAGCUAGAAAGAUGGGUAGAUGCUGUUAGAGAUUAUGAGGUCUUGAGGAAGGAGCUUCCUGACGACAAUGAAGUUGCUGAAUCUUUUUUUCAUGCUCAAGUUGCAUUAAAAAAAUCCCGCGGGGAAGAAGUUUAUAAUAUGAAGUUUGGCGGUGAAGUAGAAGAAAUAUUAGGUCUUGAGCAGUUCAGAGCUGCAAUGGCUUUACCAGGUGUCUCUGUGGUCCAUUUUAAAGCAGCCUCUGAUUUCCAAUGCAAGCAAAUAUCUCCUUUUCUGGACACACUUUGUGGCCGGUACCCAUCCAUAAAUUUCCUCAAGGUUGACAUUGAAGAAAACCAAGCAGUUGCAAACACUGAAAAUGUGAGGAUUGUACCAACAUUCAAGAUUUACAAAAAUGGUAGCCGAGUGAAGGAAAUGGUGCGCCCCAGCCGUCAAAUGUUGGAACACUCGGUCAGGCAUUAUAGCUUCUAGAAUCAGGACUGUACUGUAAUUCUGCUGCUCUGCCGUAGUUUUGAGUUUUUCUUGUUGCUCCCCGGCCCCCAGUUUGUUAGGAACUCUCCUACAGCCCUUCCUUUCUGCCUCCCACCAUAUAAGCUUUACAAGAUACCUGUGACAUAAUCAGAAUCACCAAAUAAUCUCGUUAGCGACCAAUGCCAGUGGAUCCCAGAGAGGUAGCUUAGUUCCUUCUUCAGUUUUUAUUUAUUCAUUCAUUCCUCAUUGCUCUCUGGUUCCACUUUCUUCCUCCUUUCUCCUUUUCUCCUUUUUUCCUUUUUACCAUAUCUUUGAACUUUUUUCAUUUUCAUUCUCAUGUAGGCCGGCCUGGUUCCUGUAUCCCCACUUCCAAAAAAAAAAAAAUGAUAACUGUGUACAAUUGUUUAAAUUGGCCUUUUAGUUUUAUUUGAGAGAGAGAGAGAGAGAGAGAGAGAGAGAGAGAGAGAGAGAGUCUGUGUCUCAGUGAGAGGGAGAGAGAGAGAGCUGGCUGGCUGGCUGUAGCAGAGGAUCUGUACAUGUAUAUAUGUGAUAUAUACAAAACAAUGGAAGUCAUGAGGGAGAUUGGAUGUCCGGUGGGUACUUACUGGGUUAGUGAAGGAAGGAUGAAUAUGUUAUUAUUGUUGUUUCUUUUCUCAAACCAAUUAUUCAACAAUAAAAAUUUCUAUUUUUCU